UGGGUGGUCUGCUUGCACUCAAAAUUGAAUUCCGCUACACUUGAGUUUGAAUCUCCGUCCUAGUACAUCAAAGCUCAAUAUAAAACGCAUGCAUUACACUCAUUAUGCGCUAGAAUAUAGUCCCGCGCAGCGCUUGCGUUUGCCAUGCACGUACUCGGCUAAUGUAAUGGCUACUUCAACCCGACACUACUGCUCCUCCACUUCCUCCGCCGUGCACCGCCAUUCCAUGUUGAAGAAAGCUCUGCCAAACCCGAUUCUCCACUUCUCCAAACACCCUCAAAACCCCAUUAAAUUACCUUCCUUGAAGGAGGUUUGCGACGGAGGAAGCCUCAGGGAAGCUUUUGACUCACUCGGCAGUUUGCUCACGCAUCCAAAUUCCCUUCAGCUUUCUCUGGAUGCGGCUUACUCGCCGGUCCUCGAGUUCUGCGCAAACGAGAAGGCUCUCUCAGAAGGGCAGCAAAUCCACGCCCAGUUGAUCAAAUGUUGUGAUGUGUCUGAUUCUGCAUUUCUGAGUACCAAGCUUGUUUUUAUGUACGGGAAAUGUGGCUCUCUUUUGGACGCGGAGAAGGUGUUUGAUAAAAUGUCCCACAGAACGAUUUUCAGUUGGAACGCGAUGAUUGCUGCUUGUGCUUCAAACGGGAAGCCUUGGAAAGCUCUGGAGCUGUAUAGGGACAUGAGGGUUUUGGAGGUACCUCUCGAUUCUUGCACUUUUCCUUGUAUUCUGAAAGCGUGCGUUGCGGUUAACAAUCUCCACUCUGGGGCAGAAAUUCAUGGUCUGGCUAUCAAAUACGGGUAUAGUAAUGUAACACUCGUUGUCAACUCACUAGCUUCGAUGUAUGCAAACUGCAAAUGUGUUGACGGGGCGAGGAAGUUAUUUGAUGGUGUGAAGGAAAAAGAGGAUAUUGUGUCGUGGAAUUCAAUUAUUUCAGCGUAUUCCGCAAAUGGGAAAUCAGCUGAAGCAUUGGGGCUGUUUCGAGAAAUGCUAAGCUUGGGACUUGCCCUGAACUCAUAUACUCUUGUCGCCGCUCUUCAAGCCUGCGAGGAUUCUUUUUGUGGUAAACUUGGUAUGGAGAUCCAUGCUGCUGUGUUGAAAUCAGGCCACUUCUUUGACAUUUAUGUGGCGAAUUCUUUGCUUGCUAUGUACGUAAGAUGUGGUAACAUGCAUGAGGCUGCAAUAAUCUUCAGGGACUUGGAUGCCAAGGAUGUUGUUUCGUGGAAUACCAUGCUCUCUGGUUUUUCCCAGAAUGGUCUAUAUGACGAAACACUGCUGUUGUUCCGAGAUAUGCAGAGUACUGAUACAAAACCUGACCAGGUUUCACUAUUAAAUAUCCUUGCAGCAUCCGGUCGAUUAGGAGAUUUGUUGUCUGGGUUGGAAGCUCAUGCUUAUGCGAUUAAAAAGGGAUUCGACUCUGAUUUGCAGCUCGGAAAUACACUGAUAGAUAUGUAUGCUAGGUGUGGUUGUGUGAACUUCAUGGGCCGUGCUUUUGACAAGAUGCCUACUAAGGACUUAAUUUCUUGGACAACUGUUAUUGCUGGCUAUGCUCAGAACAAUUGUCACUUAAGGGCCUUAGAAUUGUGCCGGAAGGUGCAGACGCUCCGAUUGGAUGCUGAUGCAAUGAUGGUAGAAAGCAUUUUAGCAGUUUGUGGGGCAUUGAAAUGUGUUUCUUUGGUAAAAGAAGUUCAUGGUUACGCCGUGAGAAGAGGUUUAUUCAAUCUGGUGUUACAAAAUGCAGUUGUCAACCUAUAUGGAGAGUGUGGAUAUGUGAAAUAUGCAGAGCAGAUGUUCGAAUUGAUUGACUCUAAGGAUAUUGUGUCUUGGACGAGCAUGAUCUCUUGUUAUGUUCAUAAUGGGUUUGCAAAUGAGGCCCUUGAACUAUGCCACUUCAUGAAAGAAACAAAUGUUGAACCUGAUGCUAUAGCACUAGUUAGUAUACUAUCGGCUGUUGCGAGUUUAUCUGUUCUGAAGAAAGGGAAAGAGAUUCAUGGUUUUCUUAUCCGGAAGGGCUUCAUCUUAGAGGGAUCUCUUGGAAGCUCUCUAGUCGAUAUGUAUGCCCGCUCUGGAACUUUGGAGAAUGCAUAUGAGGUAUAUAACUGUAUUAAAAAUAGAAGUCUAAUUUUGUGGACUACCAUGAUUAAUGCGUAUGGAAUGCAUGGCCAAGGCAAGGCAGCCAUUGAUUUAUUCGAGUGGAUGGAAGGUGAAAGAAUUGUUCCUGAUCAUAUUACGUUUUUGGCUCUUCUAUAUGCCUGCAGUCAUUCGGGCUUGAUUGAUGAGGGUAAAAGAAUAUUUGAAAUUAUGAGAGAUGAUUAUCAUUUGGAACCAUGGCCUGAACAUUCUGCCUGUAUGGUUGAUCUUCUUGGUCGUGCCAAUCGGUUGGAAGAGGCAUACCAUUUUGCGAAUAGCAUGCAGAGUGAACCUACUGCUGAGGUAUGGUGUGCACUCCUUGGGGCUUGCCGGGUUCAUUCUAACAAAGAAUUCGGAGAAAUUGCAGCAAAGAAAAUCCUAGAGUUGGACCCGGAGAAUCCUGGAAAUUAUGUGCUUGUAUCUAAUGUGUUUGCUGCUAGUGGAAGAUGGAAAGAUGUAGAUGAAGUGAGGUUGAGAAUGAAGGGGAGUGGAUUGAAGAAAAAUCCGGGAUGUAGUUGGAUUGAGGUUGGAAACAAGGUUCAUACAUUCACAGCGAGGGAUAAAUCUCAUCCGCAGUCCGAUGAUAUUUACCUCAAGUUAGCUCAAAUCACAGAGAAAUUGGAGAGAGAAGUAGAUUAUGUGGCUCAAACCAAAUUUGUUUUGCACAAUGUAGAGGAAGAAGAGAGAGUUAAAAUGCUUUAUGGACAUAGUGAAAGGCUGGCAAUUGCAUACGGUCUGCUUAAAACUCCCGAAGGAACCCCUAUCCGAAUCACCAAGAACCUUCGGGUUUGUUGCGAUUGCCAUCAUUUCAUUAAACUAGUUUCAAAAGUUUUUAGGCGGGUGCUUGUUGUGAGGGAUGCAAAUAGAUUUCAUCACUUUGAAGAUGGUAUCUGUUCUUGUGGCGAUUUCUGGUGAAAGUUGAACAUUGUGUUUAAAUUUCUUCACAAACAAGUAUGGAUGUCUUGGAUUUACUACUGCUGGUGGGAUCAUUGAAACAUUGGUUCGAUGUGCUAGCCGCUACAUCUCUUGUGCUAAUUAUCUGCUCCCCGAAUGCACAGUGUGCGGGAUACAAUGGUUGGAAAUUCUGCUUGCAUCAAGAACUUCUCCAAAACAUGUUUGAGUCCAACCUUGUGUGCCAAGAAAGAGCAGUUGGAGUUGGUUAUUAAGUUGCUUUCCAGCAGCUAUUGAAGGAGAAAUUACAAUGUAACAACAGAGUUCGGAUGGAUUUCGACAUAAUUCAGGAAUUGCGUACUUCAAAUCGCAGGAACUACCAGACAGACGAGUUCGUGAAACUAAACAGGUGAAAAUUUUCACCAAAUGAACCAUAGUUCUUCAAGAAUGAUUGUUUUUUUUCUUCACCUUACUGAUUUUUAAGAAGGAAUGGGCAAAUAAAUCACCAUAGUUGUGAUGUAGAAACAUAAAAAGGUCACUUACUACUCAUGAUAAAUUCUUGUAUCUCUCGUCACAUAAUUUUCUUGUGUGUGUGGGUCAGAUAGUGCGAGAUAGACACAUUGCAUGUGAUUUUCUUGUGUGUGCAUGAGAUCGAGAGACUGAGAGAGAGAUACGUUGCAUGUACUAGAAGGGACUACUUGGCACAAGCACAAGAGGUUGUAUAAAGUCAAUUGUCUGUAUCUCCUGUACGGUAUUGUUUGUAUCUCUUAUUACGUGAUGUUUGUAUUUCUUGUUACAUGACAAGUCGUGUAAUGAAAAAAAGAGACGUGUUUGUAUUUGACAUGCCGUAUUGACAGGUGAUGUGUUGUGGCAAAUUAAACAUGUGAUACCAAUUUCCUAACCAACCCGAUAGGGUCUGGGCUAAAUGAUGGCAUAUCUUGAGCAGCCAAAUAAAUGUAAUGUUAGCAUACCAAGAGAAAUGAAAAGGUUGCUUGCUCU